AUGGAAUUAUAUCAGUGUGACCAAUGUGAGAAGAGUUGUAUCCAGUCAAGUACUCCUAAACAGCAUAUGCAAACACAUACCAAUGAGAAGCCACAUUGCUGUAAGCAAUGCAAGAAGCAUUUUAUCACCUCAGGUAAUCUCAAACAGCAUAUGCAAACACAUACUAAUGAGAAGGUAUAUCAUUGUCAGCAAUGUGAGAAGAGUUUCACCCAGUCAAGUAAUCUCAAAGUGCAUAUGCGAACACAUACCAAUGAGAAGCCUUAUCACUGUCAGCAAUGUGAGAAGAGUUUCACUCAUUCAAGUACUCUCAAACAGCAUAUUCGAACGCAUACCAAUAAGAAGCCUUAUCACUGUCAGGAAUGUGAGAAGAGUUUCACCCAGUCAUGUACUCUCAAACUGCAUAUGCGAACACACACCAAUGAGAAGCCUUAUCACUGUCAGCAAUGUGAGAAGAGUUUCACCCAGUCAAGUCAUCUCAAAGUGCAUAUGCGAACACAUACCAAUGAGAAGCCUUAUCACUGUCAGCAAUGUGAGAAGAGUUUCACUCAUUCAAGUACUCUCAAACAGCAUAUUCGAACGCAUACCAAUGAGAAGCCUUAUCACUGUCAGGAAUGUGAGAAGAGUUUCACCAAGGCAAGUAAUCUCAAACAGCAUAUGCAUACACAUACCAAUGAGAAGCCUUACCAUUGUCAGCAAUGUCAGAAGAGUUUUACUCACUCAAGUACUCUCAAACAGCAUAUUCGAACACAUUCCAAUGAGAAGCCUUAUCACUGUCAGCAAUGUGAGAAGAGUUUCACUCAUUCAAGUACUCUCAAACAGCAUAUUCGAACGCAUACCAAUAAGAAGCCUUAUCACUGUCAGGAAUGUGAGAAGAGUUUCACCCAGUCAUGUACUCUCAAACUGCAUAUGCGAACACACACCAAUGAGAAGCCUUAUCACUGUCAGCAAUGUGAGAAGAGUUUCACCCAGUCAAGUCAUCUCAAACAGCAUAUGCGAACACAUUCCAAUGAGAAGCCUUACCAUUGUCAGCAAUGUCAGAAGUGUUUUACUCACUCAAGUACUCUCAAACAGCAUAUUCGAACACAUUCCAAUGAGAAGCCUUAUCACUGUCAGCAAUGUGAGAAGAGUUUCACCCAGGCAAGUAAUCUCAAAGUGCAUAUGCGAACACAUACCAAUGAGAAGCCUUAUCACUGUCAGCAAUGUGAGCAGAGUUUCACUCAUUCAAGUACUCUCAAACAGCAUAUUCGAACGCAUACCAAUGAGAAGCCUUAUCACUGUCAGCAAUGUGAGAAGAGUUUCACCAAGGCAAGUAAUCUCAAACAGCAUAUGCAUACACAUACCAAUGAGAAGCCUUAUCACUGUCAGCAAUGUGAGAAGAGUUUCAAUUGGUCAGUACUCUCAAACAGCAUAUUCGAACACAUAACAAUGAGAAGCAUUAUCACUGUGAGCAAUGUGAGAAGAGUUUUAAUUGGUCAGGUAAUCUCAAAGUGCAUAUGCGAACACAUUCCAAUAAGAAGCCUUAUCAUUGUCAGCAAUGUCAGAAGAGUUUCACUCAGGCAUAUAGAUCCAGCUGUGGUUAUUUUGAUGGAGGAUGACAUGUUGUCAAAAUACAUCCCUUCUUAUGGUGAUCGUUUAGCAGUUCGCAGUAAAGAAGGUGGGGGUACAAGAAAUAUGUCUGUCCGAAAGAACAGUAAAAAAGCUGAACUUUUACAGUUAGGGAUCUUCUUUCCAAAUGGAAAGGAAAGAAUGGAAAGAAGGAGGCUUGACGAAUUUGAAGUUGACCUAAAGGAUUUUGAAGUUAAUACUAUAGAUGAUGACAGCACAGUUCAAGAUAUUUAUGACACAUCUGGUUUUAUCUAG